GGGUUAGUGGUUGUGCGCUGUGAGGGUAUCAAUAUAUCUGGCAACUUCUACAGAAACAAGUUGAAGUACUUGGCCUUUCUCCGCAAGCGGAUGAACACCAACCCAUCUCGUGGCCCCUACCACUUCCGGGCCCCUAGCCACAUCUUCUGGCGAACUGUGCGAGGGAUGCUGCCCCCUAAGACCAAGCGAGGCCAAGCUGCCCUGGACCGCCUCAAGGUGUUCGAUGGGAUUCCACCACCCUAUGACAAGAAAAAGCGAAUGGUGGUUCCUGCCGCCCUCAAGGUUGUGCGCCUGAAGCCAACAAGGAAGUUUGCCUACCUGGGUCGCCUGGCCCAUGAGGUUGGCUGGAAGUACCAGGCGGUGACAGCUACCCUGGAGAAAAAGAAGAAGAAGCAGAAGAAGCAGAAGAAGCACAGAAGGAGCCGCGGAGAGCGGACCGGUAGAGGCUUCGGGACAGACUGUAGGAAGAAGCACGCAAGGAGCCGCGGAGAGCGGACCGGUAGAGGCUUCGGGACAGACUGUAGGGAGAAGCACGCAAGGAGCCGCGGGGAGCGGACCAACAGAGGCUUCGGCCGGGAGGAUUCCCGGGGCAGGCUGUACGGAGAAGGAAAAUAAAAGAAAAGGUUGUCC